GUGUGUGUUUGUGUGUCAACGUGUGUGUGUAUGUUUGCAUGAGAGAGAGAGCAGGUGUGAGGUUAAUGGGACAGUAAGGAAUGCAUUCUGUGCAGUAUCAGCAGAGUGGCAGUAGGGGGUGGUGUGCCCCUCUUCCACCUCUGCUCCUCUCUCUCCUCCUCCUAUCCUUUGCUGUGGGACCAGGCCAAGCAGUCAUUCACUUUCCCCCAAACUAUGAAAUGCAUGAAUUCCGCCAGCCUCCACUGAUCUCAGGUCAGCCACACCCCACCCUGGCAUUCUCUAUGGAUGAUAUCAGUCUCGCCUGCGAGGCCUCCGGAAAUCCCACACCCACUUUUCGUUGGCUAAAAGAUGGGCAGGAAUUUGACCCCGCGGGAGAUCCCCUUCUGUCUACAAGGCCGGGUUCUGGAACCUUCUCCAUGACUUCCUUCAAUGGCGCCAUCAACCAGUAUCAGGGCAACUACACCUGCUAUGCCUCUAACGAGCUUGGCACUGCCGUUUCUGACGAGGUUCAGUUAAUUACAGAAAACACCCCGUUCCCACAGAAGGAGAAACACAUCAGGAAGACAGUGGUGGAGGGGGAGAGUGUAGUGCUCAUCUGCAACCCCCCAUUCAGUACAGAGCCCCCCCUCAUCCACUGGAUGGAUGACAAGCUGCAUCACAUUGAGCAGAGUGACCGCGUGACCCAGGGCCUCGAUGGAAACCUCUACUUCGCCCAUGUGAUCCUAGAUGAUAGCCGCAGUGACUACAGCUGCCACGCCCAGUACAUCACUGCCAGGACCAUCCUGCCAAAAGAACCCAUCACCCUCACCGUCACCCCAUCCAACACUGUCGUGCGCAACAGGAAGCCACAGCUGCUCAGGCCUACUGGCUCCCGCAGCUCUUAUCUGGCCCUCAAGGGCCGCAGCUUUCAUCUGGAGUGCAUUCCCCAGGGAUUCCCCACUCCUUCCAUUCAAUGGGUGAGAAAGGAUGGGGUGCUGUCUGAGACUCGUACCUCCAACCAAAGCUCCGGCAGACUGCUACACUUCAGUAACAUCUCCGAGGCGGAUGCUGGAGAGUAUCAGUGCCUGGCUAAAAACAUACAGGGAAUAGCCACGCACACAUACACUCUCAGGGUGGAAGCGGUGCCAUACUGGACCAAACGCCCUGAGAGUGAGCUGUACGCCCCAGGAGACACAGUGAAGCUGGAGUGCCAGGCAGAGGGCAUUCCCAUCCCAACUGUCAUCUGGAUGAUGAAUGGAAAGCCCCUCUCAGAUGUUGAGCCAAUCUCCAGACGUAGUGUCCAGGGGGGCACUCUGGUCCUGAGAGAUGUGAGACUUGGUGACACGGCUGUAUUCCAGUGCCAGGCCUCCAACACGCAUGGUACCAUCCUGGUCAAUGCCUACAUCUACAUCCUCAAGGUGCCUGCUCAAAUAUUGACAGAGGACAGGCAGAUGUACACUGUGACAGAAGGACAGACAGCUCAACUGGACUGCAAAACUUUUGGCUCCCCCAGACCCACACUAGCAUGGGAAAGUGAGCAGUCUGAGCUGGUGUCUCACUCCAGAGUGUCUCAGCUGGACACUGGAGCCCUGCAGAUCACCAAUGCCUCCCACAAGGACAGUGGCUACUACACAUGCUCCAUCCUCAACUCCAGCCUCUCUGUCACCGCCCUGCUGGAAGUGCUAAACAAGACAGUGAUUGUGACCCCACCUCAGGCCCUGCACACCCAGCGGGGACAUGAGGCUGUCUUGGGCUGCCAUGCCCAGGUGGACCCCCAGCUGGCCCCUCCCCAGAUUCAGUGGAGGAUGGAUGGACAGAAGCUGUUUGAAUCCUCCUCUGACAAGUACAAAUUUGAUGGCCCUUUCCUCACAAUCUAUAAUGUCCAAUCAGAUGACGCAGGGGAGUAUACCUGUGAGGUCAUCACACGGCUGGACAUGGCAGAGGCCACUGGGUCCAUCAUUGUCGUGGACCGGCCAGAACCCCCUUCCCUGCCAGACCUCCUUGAGCAGCAGGAUCGCAGUGUGACUCUGAGCUGGAUCGCUGGAGAGGAUAACCACAGCCCAAUACUUGAGUUUGUGGUGGAGUUUGAGGAGCAGCAGUUUGGACAGGCGAAGUGGGAGGAAGCCCUGCGGGUCUCAGGGGAUGUGGAGGAGGCUGAUGUUAUGCUGCAGCCCUUUGGUUCCUACCGCUUCCGGGUCAGAGCUGUGAACGCAGUGGGAAGGAGUGACCCCAGUGACAUUUCCGACAUACAUACUACACCUCCUGCAGCUCCAGAGAAUAACCCUGAGGGUGUGCGCAGUGAGUCCACCCAAUCAGACAUCCUGGUGAUUACAUGGGAGGAGAUGGACAAGAAGAGCUUCUAUGGUCCUGAGUUUAAGUAUAAAGUGAUGUGGAGGAAGGCCACUGGCCAUCCAGAUUCUCACUGGCACCACAAAAUGACCACCUCCCCUCCCAUCAGUGUCACAGGAGCUGGUGCCUUCACAGCCUAUGAAAUAAAAGUCCAGGCUGUCAAUCAAAUUGGGGAAGGUCCAGACCCCAGUGCUGUGAUUGGGUACUCUGGGGAGGACGUUCCACUGGAGCCCCCAAUGGAGGUUGGAGUUAAUCUGAUUAACAGCACUGCCGUGCGGGUGAAAUGGGCUCCCAUAAACAAGGACACAGUGCGUGGACACUUGCAUGGAUACAGGGUACACCUGCAUAAACCCUCUGCUGGUGGGCAUGACCGCUGGGAGCGGGGGCGAAGGGAGGAGGAGGAGAGUAUAUUAGUGGCCCAGACAAGACCCAACGAGGAGACAAAGCUUCUUGGAGACCUACAGCCAUACACUCACUAUACUGUUACUGUCACUGUCUUCAACAGCAAGGGGGAGGGGCCUCAUUCUGAGCCACUUCCCUUCCGCACUCUUGAGGGAGUUCCAAGUAAGCCCACUUCACUGCGGUUGGACAGCCCAUCAGAAACAGAGAUGACACUGCACUGGACCCCCCCUGCCAAGCCCAAUGGUGUUCUAAUUGGAUACCUGCUGCAAUACCAUCAGAGUGGGGAUGGCAGAGACAAACAGCUACAUGAGGAGAUAAUUGACCACACUGCAUCUCACAUCACCGUGGGCCAUCUCGACCCCCACAGUCACUACCUCUUCUCCCUCCGGGGCCGUACCUCUGCUGGGAAUGGGGAAGCCAUUGUCAAGGAAGGCGCCACCUUACUCGAGGGAGUUCCUCCAUCCAACAUUAGCAUGUCCAUUGGAGAGACAUCAGUCAACCUGAGCUGGGUGUCAGGAGAGAGAUACAGAAAUGUGGGCUUCCACAUCUUCUACCGCAACAUGAAUGACGGAAAUGAGUGGGUGGAAUCGGAGCAGCUGAAUUCCACUCAGUCCUUCUACCAGCUCCAGGGCUUGGAACCUGGAACCAAGUACUGCCUUCACUUCAUCUUCAGCAACAGCACCUUCUGGGAGAUUGAACUCAAGACCACUGGACAAGACCAAAGUGCCUGGGCAUGGAAGAUGAAAGGGGGAUUUGCCACUGAAGGCUGGUUUAUUGGCCUUAUCACUGCCAUUGUGCUGCUGCUGCUGGUGCUGCUAAUUCUCUGCUCUGUUAAACGGAGCAAAGGUGGCAAGUAUUCAGUCAAGGACAAGGAAGCAAGCCAGGUAGACUCUGAGGCGCGGCCUAUGAAGGAUGACACUUUUGGCGAGUACAGAUCUCUGGAGAGUGACAAUGAGGAGAAGCAGACGGCUAGCCAGUCCUCUCUGUGUGUUGGCAGCAAGAUGGGCAGUGAGGGCAGUCUGAUGGAACAUGCCCACGGUAUGGAUGCCAGCUUCAACAAGGAAGCCUCCUUCACUGGCCAAUACACUGAGCAUAGGGGAGAGCCUGGGGACAGUCUUGUACCCACCUCUCCUAUCAUGCCCCUCACCGCACCUCCCACCAGUCCAGGCCUCCCUAUCUCUGAAGUCCUGGCCUGAAGAAAUAGGUCAGAGAAGGAAGCCUUGACAGUCUGGCACACCAACACUGACGUUAGACACUGAUACUCUGACUGACUUAACAAUUUACACACUAACCGAGGACUAAUACCGCCACGCAUUGAUCAGACAGAUAGACACAGUGCCUGACUGACAUUCUGCCAAAGUGAUCCAUCAACUCACCAGAUUUCUCUAAGAAUGACUGUAUGAGACACUGAGACUCAGGCUGACCAAAGCAGGGCCCAAUCGACACACUGAUACUGCUGCCAGACAGACAUGAUGCUAGAAGCAAAGUGACACACACACAAUGUGUGCAUCUAAUGAAGUAUCCUGCUAAUUGUUUACAGAUCUCACCAAGCCUUCUUUUAGGUAGUUUACAGACAGUGGAUUGACAAUGCUGAGGACAUUAUCCCUCUCGCUCUCUCUCUUUCUCAAAAAAUCUUGUUUUCCAUAUUGUUUGUAUGAAAGAGGGAUAUUGUUUAGCCAACCAACUGACAAAUGAAUGGAUGAAAGAAAAUAGACAGGAAAUUCACGCAAAUACAAAGCCAAAAAAGCAAGGAAAGGCAUAAAGAGGGCCAAGUGACAGGAGAUGACAGAACUGACACAGGAAAUAAGAAGAAAGGGCACAUACAGAGCUAAUGUGAACAAAGAGACCAGUAAAAAAGACAAAAAGAAAGAAAAUGACAGCACAGAUCCAAUACAUUAGGACAAACAGACAGAAAUGGCAGCAAAAUACAGGAAAUGUGAACAAAACACUGAAAAUAAUGAGAUGGAAAGCAAGAACAGAAAGGCCAGAAAGUAAAGAGACAUGAAAGCAGAUUCAAUGAACUACAUGAAAAAAUGGAGAAUGAUUGAAAGGAGACAUGUACAUGUAGA